GGGUUCCUCCGCCAGGCAGAGAGCUGCGCAGGUUGCGUAGGGGGUAGCUGGCAUUAUCAGGUCGUAGAAGGAAAGGGGCGUAACUGGCUUGGUGUAUCGGCGCGUUACAGCUGUCUCCGCAAGCGACGAUUACAGCAACAGCGGCAGCCGAGCAAGAGGGACGAAGGGAAAGAGCCGUUACAGCUUGGAAGAAGCAAAGCCUGUAUUAUUUUUUCCUUUGGUGGUGAUGGGUGGGACUCCACAAGAAAAUGAGACAAGCUGCGCUGCUGUCAUGUGUAUUUCGAUUUGAAGAAGAUGAAUGUCUUCCGUAAGAACGCACGAAGAGCUGCCGAUAGCACCCAGGAUCUUGGGUUUGGUCGUCUCUCCAUCUCUCUCUCUCUCUCUCUCUCUCUCUCUCUCUCUCUCUCUCUCUCUCUCUCUCUCUCUCUCUCUCCUCCCUCCUUCUGGCUCCCUAUUCUUUCCCUCUCUCUUUCUCUCUUCCCCCAUCACUUCAGUUACAAGUCAGUGGAAUAAACGAACAUCCGGACGGAGCGCUGGAUUAAAAGCCGGUAUGAGUUUGUGGGGUAGGAUGAAGUAAUCAGCAAUAUUUCCAUCCAGAGCAUCUCUGCUCGUGCAGCGCCGUAUGCAUUUUCUAAUGCGGAGAAAGAGUUGCCUUAGGAAUUUGGAGAAUUUAUUCCAAAAAUAACGUACAAAACUUUGGACGUCACGCUGUUCGUAUUUAACAGAAGAAAAACAACAUAAAACCUGAUGUGCCGGCUACCAGCAGCGUAGUUUGCACCCUUGUGCUGAAUUAAUCUGACCUUGCCGGAUGUGUUCUUCUGAUCGUAGAUAAAAUACACUGUUAAUUGAUCAGAACAAGACAAUCCCCGAAUCUGUGCAAUCAUGAUGUGCGAAGUGAUGCCGACGAUAAACGAAGGGGACCCUCUGGGUUCUCAGAGAGGCUCGCAGAAUGGCUCGGACUCGGAUUCGAAUUUCGAGCAGCUGAUGGUCAACAUGCUGGACGAGCGGGAUAAGCUGUUGGAGACGCUUCGAGAGAGCCAGGAGACCCUGUCACAGACUCAGGGUAAACUGCAAGAGGUGGUGCACGAACGGGACCAGCUGCAGAGACAGAUCAGCUCGGCGCUGCCUCAGGAGUUUGCCACAUUGACGAAAGAGCUGAACGGCUGCAGAGAACAGCUGCUAGAAAAGGAAGAAGAGAUAUCUGAGCUAAAGGCUGAGCGGAAUAACACAAGACUGUUAUUGGAGCACUUGGAGUGCCUUGUCUCUCGACAUGAGAGGUCCCUCAGGAUGACGGUGGUGAAGAGGCAGACGCAGCCUCCAUCAGGUGUCUCCAGCGAGGUGGAGGUCUUAAAAGCUUUAAAAUCUCUUUUUGAACACCACAAAGCCCUUGAUGAAAAGGUGCGUGAACGCCUGAGGGUGGCUUUAGAGCGAGUGACCACCCUGGAGGAGCAGCUGGCUUCCACUACCCAAGAGCUUUUGUUAAUGAGACAAGGUCAUCACCUGAGGAAGGACAAAUUAGAUGGAGAGCACGUGGAUGGAACUGAUUCAGUGGUAAAGCCAACCUGGAAGAGGCUACCAAAUGGUUCCAUUGAUGCCCAUGAUGAGGUGAGCCGUACGCUGGAACUACAGGAACUCCUGGAAAAGGCCAACCUCGAGCUGAGCCAAAGCAAAGAGCAUGUGGCUGCCUUGACCAGCCGUCUAAAUGAGAUGGAAGCAGAGAUCAACACCGCCCGCAAAGAUGUCAUCAAGAGUGAAGAGGUGAACAGCAAAUUCCAGCGAGACCUCCGAGAGGCUAUGGCCCAGAAGGAGGAUAUGGAAGAGAGGAUCACCACUUUAGAGAAGCGGUACCUGGCGGCACAGAGGGAGACCACGUCAAUUCAUGAAUUGAACGACAAGCUGGAGAACGAGCUGGCAAACAAGGAGUCACUCUACCGACAGAGUGAGGAAAAGUGUCGGCAGAUUCAGGAAUUGUUGGAGCUGGCAGAACAGAAACUGCAACAGACGAUCCGCAAAGCAGAAACCCUCCCCGAGGUGGAAGCAGAGCUGGCACAGAGAGUUGCUGCCCUGACCAAGGCAGAAGAGAGACAUGGCAGCUUUGAGGAACGAUUGCGGCAGCUGGAAGGGCAGCUUGAAGAGAAAAAUCAAGAACUAGGACGCGCACGCCAGAGAGAGAAGAUGAAUGAGGAACACAACAAGCGGCUUUCAGACACCGUCGACCGGCUCCUCACCGAGUCCAACGAAAGGCUACAACUUCACCUGAAGGAGCGAAUGGCUGCUCUAGAGGAGAAGAAUGCUCUGAUUCAAGAUUUGGAAAACACGCAAAAGCAGUUGGAGGAAUAUCAUCUCACCAAGGAAAGGUUAACAAGUGAAACUGAAAAACUGCGCACAGAAAUUGAGCAGCUGAAGAGAAGAAGUUCCAUUCUGUCCGACAGCAUCCACCCACGGUCUCAACUUGGUAGCACAACAGAUCUCCGCUUCUCCAUAACUUCCGUUGUUGACACCCCAGCUGAACACUUCGGUACUCCUGCUGUCAUCCGCCGGGCAAAGAAAGGACGACUGGCAGCCCUGCGGGAUGAGCCCACAAAGAUCCUUCCGAUUGUUGACCAGGACUGGGAGCGCCCCCAGUCGGCCAGCCUCAGAACCAGCAUAGCCCACACCAUUGAGAGUGACCCAGAGUUAUCCGAUAUUGAUGAUGAUGACCAUGAAACCAUCUUCAGCUCCAUGGACCUUCUGUCCCCCAGCGGCCACUCAGAUGCCCAGACUUUGGCUCUCAUGCUGCAGGAACAGCUAGACGCCAUUAAUGAGGAGAUCAGGAUGAUCCAGGAGGAGAAGGAGUCUGCUGAGAUGCGGGCCGAGGAGAUUGAGAGCAGAGUGACAAGCGGUAGUAUGGAUGGCCUAAAUUUACCCCCACUACGACCGCGCUCCUCCAUCCCCACCUCUGUGACGGCCCUGUCCCUGGUGAGCUCCUCACCUCCCGUCAGUGGCCGCUCCACACCUAAGCUGUCUUCUCGCCCGACUGCCCACGAGCUUGGCAUCAUGACACUGCCUAGUGACUUACGGAAACAUCGUAGAAAAGUUCUUUCUCCGGGGUCUCGAGAAGAGGGUCGAGAGGACAAGGCUACUAUCAAGUGUGAGACGUCGCCACCUUCAUCCCCCCGAAGCCUGCGGCUAGAGCAGAUGGCCCAUUCCCUCCUCUCCACUAGUCAAGAGGAAGGCAAAGGACCAGAUGAUCAGACUAGCAGCAGUAACAGCAGUCAAGACUCCCUGCAUAGGAGUUCUAAGAAAAAGGGCAUCAAAUCUUCCAUCGGUCGAUUAUUUGGCAAGAAGGAGAAAGGCAGAAUGGGGCAGACUGGCAAGGACAUAGCAGUGGCUCAAGAAUUUGAAACUGGUAUCCAGGAUUCGCUUGGGCUCGGGAAGCUUGGCACACAGGCAGAACGAGAUAGACGGCUCAGAAAAAAGCAUGAACUUUUAGAAGAUGCACGGAGGAAAGGCUUGCCUUUUGCCCAGUGGGAUGGUCCAACAGUGGUGUCCUGGCUUGAGCUCUGGGUUGGCAUGCCAGCUUGGUAUGUGGCUGCUUGCCGUGCCAACGUGAAAAGUGGAGCCAUAAUGUCAGCUUUAUCCGAUACGGAGAUCCAAAGGGAAAUCGGCAUCAGCAACCCACUGCAUCGCCUGAAGCUGCGACUUGCCAUCCAGGAGAUGGUGUCCCUGACCAGCCCGUCGGCUCCCUUGACCUCCAGAACGUCCUCUGGGAACGUCUGGGUGACGCAUGAGGAAAUGGAAAACCUGGCGGCCUCAACAAAAGCGGAGAAUGAAGAAGGUAGCUGGGCACAGACUCUUGCCUAUGGGGACAUGAACCACGAGUGGAUUGGCAACGAGUGGCUGCCUAGCUUGGGUCUGCCCCAGUACCGAAGCUACUUUAUGGAGUGUCUGGUUGACGCCCGAAUGCUGGACCACCUGACCAAGAAGGAUCUUCGCACACACCUCAAAAUGGUCGACAGCUUCCAUCGGACAAGUUUGCAAUAUGGCAUCAUGUGCUUAAAGAGGCUGAAUUAUGACCGGAAGGAGCUGGAAAGAAGGAGAGAGGAAUGUCAACAUGAGAUCAAAGAUACCCUGGUGUGGACAAAUGACCAUGUGAUACAUUGGGUUCAAUCUAUUGGACUGCGGGAGUACAGCAACAAUCUACUAGAAAGUGGGGUGCACGGUGCACUGGUAGCUCUAGAUGAGAAUUUUGACUACAGCAGUCUAGCGCUUAUUUUACAAAUCCCAAUGCAAAAUACUCAGGCAAGACAGGUGCUCGAGCGGGAAUUUAACAACCUGUUAGCUUUGGGAACAGACAGACGCUUAGAUGAGGGAGAUGACAAAUCUUUCAGGAGGUCACCGUCUUGGAGAAAACGUUUCCGUCCCCGGGACAGUCAUGGCCUCAGUCUGAUGCCCGGCUCCAUUGAAACACUGCCAGCUGGCUUCAGAGUCACAGCCAUGUCGAUUCCUUCCACGAUGCCUGUGCUGCCCAAGAAAAUCCCACCUGAAGCUGGAUCUGCUGUGUCACCGAGAAUAGACACGUCGACGGUUCGGACUUACUCGUGUUAACACUUGGCAGAUUAACAGGAGUCUGGGCUCAGUGAAGUGCAGUCGCACUAUUUGUAUGGACACAUGUUAACUGCCUUCAGGGAAUGAUCUGCCAAAUUAAAAUCAUGGAUAAGGAUUUUGGAGUUGGAAAUUUCCUGGCCAAAUUCCACCCUGUUUUUCUAUGCUGCUGUUCAAAAAAGGAUGUGAGUUGGUAAAGACAGAGAGACUCGGCGCAGAAGACUUAGAUCAAAGCCUCAAGGAGACAACACGGAUAUUCGUGAAUAUCACAAUAAUUAGUCGCUAUGUCGUUGUUUGGAUUCUCCUUGUAAUAAAAGUGGUCCUUCUACUCCGCGUAGUCUGGUGAUUGUUUGUAACUUCCCUGGAUGUAUCAUAUCAAUAGUAUUUUUCUUAUAACUCUAGACAUGCAAAGUCACUUUUAUUUAAUUUGUUUCUGUAAAUAAUUUUAAAUAACCUGUAAAAGAUUUUAUAGAAAAUUAAUGAAUUCUAAACCUAUAUUUAAUUUAAAUAUUGUAUAAACCUCUUAAUUUUGUCUUUGUUAUUCACAUUUUGUUUAUUACCUCCUCAAAGGUAUUGUUUGCCUGAGUUUUCUGAAAAUGACAAGUUUUUCGAGUAACACAAUCAGCUGUUGAGUCUUGUAAACAUGGUGGACUUCCGUCAUUUUUAGAAAGCAUAGAUGUUUACUGGGAAAAAAUAAAAGUCAGUUAAUGGACAAUCUCUCAUGCUUGAAUGUGCUCAAUAAAUGGUUUAUGUUUGGUCCUCUCA